GCUUCUUCACAUUCGGUUGUCGCUCUAUCGUCAGCAAAAUGAUCGGUCUUAAGCUGGUAGCCAUCGCGUGCCUGUUCGCCUCCGCGUACUCGCAGCCAACGCUCGACUUAGGCAGUGCCUUAACGGGUGACGUAACCUCAAAAGCUGUAGACACAGUUGAGGGUGCAGGCAAGACUGUCCUGGAUACUGGUCUAAAGGGUGCCGGUAACCUUGGCGGCGGUUUGGGUCUUGGCGGCGGUUUGGGUCUUGGUGGCGGCUUAGGCGGCGGGCUGGGCGGUUUGCUGGGCCAAGUCCUUAAGGCACCCCUGAAGCUUGCAGGCGGUUUGCUCGGUGGAUUGGGAGGAAAAGGCGGCCUCGGACUCGGGGCAAACGGCAAACUUGGUCUCUACGGAAUCUUCAAUGCCCUCGCUCGUGGUCUUACCAGCCUCUCUGUCGACUUGGGCGCCCUCUUGGAAGAUCUUAAACAUCUGAAAAUCCCAGGCACAGUCGACGACGUCGGCAACGUUUUGAUCACUGUUGCCAGAUUCGGCGGUCGUGUGAUCAACUCCGUUCUCCCAGGAACCGGCACCAUCCUCGCUAGAUUGGUCAUCGGUGUGCUCAAGAGCCUCAUCUGUCUCCUGGGAUCCCCAGGUCUUACUGGUAGCAUCCUCAACGACCGCAGACCAGGACUCAGAAACUCCAGGGAUAUUCCAGCCAUCUGCCGUGCAGGAUACGCCAAGCGUUUCGGAGUCAAACCUUACACUGGCGACUACGAAAACGGUGCUGACAUCUACAACUUCUACGACCUUGGAAAGAUCAACGACGAGUUCCAAGUCGCUCUGAACAAAUACACUAAGGGCAAGGGUCUUAAGGGACUGAAGGGAUCACAAAAGAUCAUCGCCAAGUGGGUUAUCGAGCUGACCCUGAUCGUGAAAUCCCACAAGGACGGUCAUUACACCAAAGCUGAGUACAUCCGCAUCGUCAGACUGCUUAUCAAGAUCAUUGGAGGAAUCGGAAACUCAUACAAGAGUGGACUUGGAGACAAACUUGCUGCCGAACUUAUCGUUUACUUGGCUGCCAGCACUAAGGGCAAUGGACAAAUCAACAUUGAUUUGUCAGCGGAAUUCCCAACUAUCAAGAAAGAGAUAGAUGAGUGCAGCAAGGACAACUUCAAGGGUGCCUUCAAUGACGACAACGGUGACGACAGCACUGGCUCGUACGCUACCAUCGACAACCAAAAUUCAAGCGACGACAACUCAAAUGUCAACUCAAACGCAGACACAAAUGAGAACACAGACACAUCUGACAACUCAAACACAAAUGUGAACACAGACACAUCUAACAACUCAAACACAAAUGUGAACACAGACACAUCUAACAACUCUAACUCAGACUCAAACUCAGAUAACUCAAACGGCUCAAACACCAACUCGUAUAAGAACACCGAGACCAAUGACUCCUCCAAGAACUCCUCAUACAACAAGAACACCUCAGACCAGAGUUCUGAAAAUAACACCACCCAGCAAAACGACGGAAACUCAUCCUACUUGAGCACAUCAUACUGCAACCAAUCCUCUUCUACCUCCGAGCAAGGAGAGCAGAGUGAAUCUACCCACUCAUCCAAAACUGAGGAAGGCAGUGAAACUACCGUCUAUUAAAUAAAAUAUUUGUAAUGUUUAUACAAAUAAUUUAACUGCGACAUGCAUUAGCUUAAACUAGAGUGAGAUGACCUCUAAUUGAAAUAAAAGCAUUCCAGAAA